AUGAAGUCCAUUCUUGUCACCUUCCUGGUAAUAUAUUCCGCCAAUCUAAUCACUGGACUUGUGCCCCUCAAAAUUCCUGAUGAUCAGAAAGCUCGUGCUGCUGGAAUUGCCAGCGAUUGUAUUGCCCAGGAAAAGAUCACCACGGAACAAGCAGUGGAAUUUUCAAAGGGAGAAUUCUCAAAGGCUAAUAAAAAUGUCAAAUGUUAUGCCAAUUGUUUUCUCACCAAGGCAGGUGUUUUGGUUGAUGGUGUUCUACAGACCUCGGUGGUUAUGGAGAAAAUGGCACCAAGUGUGGGUGAGGCAAAACUAAAGGCCAUAAUGGAAAAAUGUGGCAAAGUGAAGGGCAGUGAUCAAUGUGAGACAGCUUUUAUGAUGUUCGAAUGUUAUCACAAGGAACAUGCAGAUAUUGCUUAAAUUAUGAAGUCAGACAUUUUUCUAAAAAAUAUGAAUAUUUGUAUGUGUCACUGCUACGGUAAAAUUACUAUGUGCCUCCCUCCCAAUGUAUACCCUCUACCAUAGUAUGCAGGGUAUAUUAAGUUUGUCAUUCCAUUUGCAACACCUCGAAAUAAACAUUUUAGA